UCAGCCUUGGGCCUGCCCCAGUACAUGGUGGAAUUGGGCCCUGCAUCUUUUUAUACGACCACUCCUCGCCGCCGCCGCUCCAAUCAAACCUCCGGCCGCCGCUCUCUCCACCAAAAUUGCUAGAAGAUGCACUCAUAGUAUCACUGUGAUACUACUACCAUGGCGGCGAUUAGGAAAACAGCGAUGGCAGUAAACUCCAGUCGUCGUGUUCUUCCCUCUCUAUUUCCGCCGUCUCGUCUCGUCUCUUACAGAGGCAUAGCUUCGAAGCUUUUUGUUGGAGGACUAUCAUUUUACACCACAGAAAAAGGAUUAUCAGAAGCUUUUUCUCAGUACGGUCAGGUCGUUGAAGCUAAAGUUGUGAUGAACAGAGUCUCUGAUAGGUCAAAAGGAUUCGGAUUCGUCACCUUCGCAUCCGAAGACGAAGCUCAUAAAGCGCUGACAGAUAUGAAUGGCAAAGCGUUGAACGGAAGGGUCAUUUUUGUGGACUACGCAAAACCUGUAACCAGUUUUCGUGGCGAAAUCCCUAUAGCGAGAGGACCUCCCGAGGGAAAAACUGAUAAAUGAUUGCUCUUAUGUUCUGUCAUUUAUCAAAAGGACGUUAGCUGGAAAGGGAGGAAACAGAUCCAUGUAGCUGUGCGUGAAAAGUGUGAUUCAGACAUGUUCUUUCAGCAAUGUGCUUCAUGCCAGAGAUGUGAAAGGCUUCAGGAAUAAGAGGUUAGCACGCAGGAACCUUUAAAAUUCAAUGAAAUUAGAUUACCAAAUUGAUUUUUUUUUUUUGGUUUCUUAUUAGUUAUUAGUUAAGUAUCUUAUAAACUAAAGUUAAACUGAUAUUGAGAUAUUCUUCCAUGUAUUUUCUGAGUUUGCAGUUUGUGGUAUUGUGAUAGUAUUCUUUCUUUUUGCAGCAAUUAAUCCUCUGGUUAUAUA